AAAAUGCAUGGUCGGUUGGUCGGAUCUUCCAAGAAGCCGACGAGAGGGCGAGAACACAACAAGAUACAUGUACUGCAUGGGAUUGGUUGGAAAGACAAGCCACAGGAGUAGAAGUCAAGCAAGAAGUCGACUUGCAGAUCCUUGAUAUCACUGAGCGAAAUCAAAAUGGUAGAGAUUGAAGCAGUAGAGGAUCAGCAAGAUGGCGGCCAGGAAGAACCUAAGCGGAAAGAAGAAACUGGUGGAGAGAAAGAAGCUUCUUCGGAUACGCCUGAAGGAGAAUGGUCCGAUUUGAUGGGAGAUAACAUUCAAAUGAAGAUUAUUAGUGAAAGUAAAGAUGCCAAAGAAGUCCAACCACAAGAUGCCGUGGUGAUUGAUUUUAUCGGUCGCCUUGCCCCCAAUCGAGAAGAUGCCGAGGGCCCCAUCUUCCAGGAAGGCAAGGAUUGGUUGAUUGUGAUUGGCGACAAGUAUGUGAUUCCAGCCUUGGAGAUGGGCGUUCGAUUCAUGAAAGAUCAGCAAAAGGCGGUUAUCUGGAGUCAUUCGAAAUUUGCAUUUGGGGUAACCACACGAAAACAUGACGAAGGCUUUGAAUUGCCAAUCAACUCCAAUGUGCGCUAUGAAGUCCAUGUCAAGAAAAUAUUUUGUCCCGAUGAUGGCAGUGAUGAUCCAGAUGGAUUUCAAUUGAAGUUGGCCUUUUCCAAAAAGCUUAUUGCCAAUGACAUGUUCAAAAAUGAACUGUACAAACCCAACGCUUAUUCGGCCAGCAGUGAGCAACGCGCCAUUCGAUUGUAUACCAAAGCCGCCGAUGAAAUGGUACACAUGCUGCAGACACAUGAAGCAGAGAAAGAAAAGGAAGGCGAAAACUACAAAGAGCCCGAGGGACGAAAAGAAAAAGCCACCAAAGCAAUGGAGAUUAUGAUGGAUAGCUUGAACAACGUCGUGGCCGUCUACAUGAAGGCCAAAAAGUACCACGAGGCGAAAGAAGCUGCUGUCAAGGUAUUGACUCACGAUCCUCAAAACUACAAAGCGCUUCUUCGAGCCGCCAAAGCGACCAUGAUGGAUCCAGCGUCUAGCUACGAAGAGUCCGAUGUGGCCAUUGCCGCCGCCGAAAAGGUCGUGACGGAAAAGGACGACUUGGAUGACAAGGAAGUCCGCAAACUGCGGCAAGAGUUGAAGCAAAAGAAGCAGGAAUACAAGAAACGACAGAAAGAAAUGAUGGCUCGCAUGACGAAAGAGCUGAAGCCCAAAGAAGGCAAGCAGCAGCAGGAAUCCGAUACGCAACAAUCUGCAGAAGGAGGGGGUGCCAAGGGGAAUGAACAGGGAGAAGCUGCAACGGACAACAAUAAGACAGAAGAAGGAGAAGAAGCAAUGAUCGAGGAGGAAGAGGAGAAAUCUCCUAUGUGGCGUCGUGUACUCCCGUAUGCCAUUCAGAUUGUGUUUCCGUUCGUCUUGUAUUACCUGGUGACCAGCACUGCGAAGCAACAGCAUACCGAAUUGGAGGAGAGCCAGAGUAACACUGAUCCUUACGAUGAGUUCUAG